GCCUCAGACCUCUCGGGAGAGCGCGGCGCGGCGCAGAUUAAAAAUCAAGACACAAACCAGAUGCAAAAGUUUCUUGACAUGGAGAACCAAACCCAUAAUGCGAUGGGAGCUUCUCCUUGUGAGGCCGAACUUCAGGAAUUAAUGGAGCAAAUUGACAUCAUGGUAAGCAACAAAAAAUUGGAUUGGGAAAGGAAAAUGCGGGCUUUGGAGACACGAUUAGAUCUUCGGGAUCAAGAGUUGGCAAAUGCACAAACAUGCUUGGAUCAGAAAGGCCAAGAGGUGGGCUUACUUAGGCAGAAGCUGGACAGUCUGGAAAAAUGUAACUUAGCAAUGACGCAAAAUUAUGAAGGACAACUGCAAACCCUAAAAGCUCAAUUUUCCAAACUGACGAAUAGCUUUGAGAAACUGAGACUACACCAGAUGAAACAAAGUAAAGUUCGGCGAAAGGAGUUACCGCACCUCAAAGAAGAAACACCCUUUGAACUGAGCAACUUGAACCAGAAAUUAGAGAAACAGGCACAAAGUUACCAAACUCAACUCAGUGGUAAAAAGCAGUGCUCAGAAGACAGCAGCUCAGAAGAUCCUCGGUUGGUGUUCGACCCGGAUCACAGUUGCGAAGCCAGUGAAAGAGAUGAGUUCAUUAUUGAAAAACUAAAGUCAGCUGUGAGUGAAAUAGCAUUAAGCAGGAAUAAGUUACAAGAUGAAAAUCAGAAGCUCUUACAAGAACUGAAGAUGUACCAAAGACAGUGCCAGGCCAUGGAAGCAGGACUCUCAGAGGUGAAAAGUGAGUUACAGUCACGUGAUGAUCUCUUGAGAAUCAUAGAAAUGGAACGAUUGCAGCUGCACAGAGAAUUAUUAAAAAUAGGAGAGUGCCAAAAUAUUCAAGAAAGUAAAAAAAGACUUGAAUCAUCUUAUUCACCUUCUACUAAAGAACCAGAAAGGAAGAGGAAAGAGCUGUUUUCAGUGAACCUAGAUCAACCAAAUCAUGAAAAGGAAUUGAACAAGAUAAGAAGGCAACUCUAUCAGGAGGAAGAGGACCAUGGCUCUGAGCAGGAAAGAAUGAGGAACGAAAUCUCUGACCUAACCGAGGAGCUUCAUCAGAAGGAGAUCACUAUAGCAACUAUCAUGAAGAAAGCUGCCCUUCUGGAAAGACAGUUAAAAAUGGAGUUAGAAAUCAAAGAAAAAAUGUUAGCAAAACAACAGGUCUCAGAUAUGAGAUAUAAAGCUGUCCGAACGGAAAACACACACCUGAAAGGAAUGAUGGGAGAUUUAGAUCCUGGACGGUACAUGACAAGUGAAAUUACUGAUAUUAAGACUAUGGACUUCACUAACAGGGAACAUUCAAGGCAUACAUCUAUUAACAAACUGGAACACGAGAAUGAAAGGCUCCGAAAUGAUCUUGCAAAACUUCGUGUCAGUGGCAAAUCAGCAUGGGCUAACCAAAAUACCUAUGAGGAAAUGGGACAGUACACCUAUCAAAACCAAGUAAAAAUGGAAAAACAUGAAGAUAGACUUAGCCAAGAUCAUGAGCCAAACAGAAGUAUGACACCUCCUCUGCCACCUUUGCCAUUUCAAACCAAAGAAAUGACAAGUCCCCUGGUUAGUGACGACGAAGUGUUCCCACUGUCUCCCCCAGAUAUAGUCUUCCCAGCCUCUCUGGCUGCACAGCAUUUCCUUCUGGAGGAAGAGAAACGAGCAAAAGAAUUUGAGAAACUUCUAAAUACGCAUAUUGAUGAACUGCAAAGACAUACAGAAUUUACUCUUAAUAAAUACACCAAGCUAAAACAAAAUAGACACGUAUGAGCUUUUAAACUCUUUUAUUUGCUUCCCCCACCCCAAGAAAAAAAAGCUCUGGCAAAAUAUUUACAAAGCUGAAUAAUGAAACUGAGAAAUUUUGUUCUGUUUUCUUAAGAAAUCAUUUCUGUUAGGCAGCUAGAAAAUAUUUUGUUCGAUAAAGCUGUUUGUAUUUCUACAUUUACAUAGUAAAUUGUUUGGCUGCAGAGUAAUGAGAAAAUAAACGUUGACUACUCCAAAAGAGAUUUGUUUCCCAGUCUAAGGAAUAUUGUGGAAUUCAAUAUGGGGCUUUCCCCCCACUUGAAUCGUGUAUACUGAAAACACAUUUCGUCUGUAACAACACAAAAUGAGGGAAAGGGAAUGCCGCCUUCCAAAUAUCAACGCAUCGAGCACAGCUCACUUGUUCUAGGUCUGGAAACUUGAGGAUUUUUAAGAAUGAAAAGACAUUAUUUUGAGC